UACGAGCGUCCCGCGAUGUCACCACACCACACGCUCGUGUAACCCUAACCCAAGGAAUAACCUUUACGACCACCCUUCUCACUGUCUCUCUGACUCUGCGCUUCUCCGUGCGAUUCGAUCGGAAAUGGCAAACAGGCACACCAUUAUUUUGAUGCAAUCAUCUCCGAACAGGGCAACCAGAACAUUCAUGGACUAUGACUCUAUUAGCCAGGCUAUGGACGGAAUUUGUGGGUUGUACGAAAGAAAACUCAAGGAGAUAAAUCCAACCAUCCAAAACAUCACCUACGACAUUUCAGAUCUUUAUAAUUUUAUCGAUGGCCUAGCAGACCUCAGCGCACUGAUCUUUGACCACUCAAUUCAGGCGUUUCUACCAUAUGACCGGCUGUGGAUCAAACAGCGGAUGUUUCAGCACCUCAAGAGAUUGGCUUCAAGUUAAAUUCCGCUAGAAAAAUAUAGGAUGAACAAUGUGCCUCACUGCACUAUGCUAUUACUCACUGUUCAAAUAGAAGGGUAGAAUAUAUUGGUACAGAAUUCUGUUAUUAGAAUCUGAGUUUUUUUGUUCAUCUGCUUAAUGUGGUUUACUGUUGAUAUCUUUAGAACUGAUGUCUGCCUUUGUACUCUUUUCCAGUUUCUUCAUUAAGAUUAUUAGUAUUAUAAAUUA